AUGCCGCCCCCGUCGGCCAACCCGCUGGGCUACACGCCCCCGGACGGAGGCUGGGGCUGGGCCGUGGUCUUCGGCUCCUUCAUCUCCAUCGGCUUCUCGUACGCGUUCCCCAAGUCCAUCACCGUCUUCUUCAAGGAGAUCGAGACCAUCUUCAACGCCAGCACCAGCGAGGUGGCGUGGAUCUCGUCCAUCAUGCUGGCCGUCAUGUACGCGGGCGGCCCCAUCAGCAGCCUGCUGGUGAACCGCUACGGCAGCCGGCCGGUGGUGCUGGUGGGCGGCUGCCUGGCCAGCGUGGGCCUGGUCACCGCCUCCUUCUGCACCUCGGUGCAGGAGCUGUACGUGUGCAUCGGCGUGGUGGGCGGUCUGGGGCUGGCCUUCAACCUCAACCCCGCGCUCACCAUCAUCGGCAAGUACUUCUACCGGAAGCGGCCGCUGGCCAACGGGCUGGCCAUGGCGGGCAGCCCGGUCUUCCUGUCCACGCUGGCGCCGCUCAACCAGGCCUUCUUCCGCAUCUACGGCUGGCGGGGCAGCUUCCUCAUCCUGGGAGGGCUGCUGCUCAACUGCUGCGUGGCCGGCUCGCUCAUGCGCCCCAUCGGCCCGGCGCCGCCUGCGGCCGCCCCCGCCGGGAACAGCGUGCGGGCCGCGGCCCCGGCCGCCCCCUCGGUGGCCCCCGCCGCGCCCGCGCCCGCGCCCGCCCCCGCCCCCGCCUCGGACUCGCUGCUGGCGCACCGCGGCUUCCUCAUCUACCUCUCGGGAAACCUGGUCAUGUUCUUCGGGCUCUUCGCGCCCCUGGUCUUCCUCGCCAACUACGGCAAGACCAAGGACUUCUCGAGCGAGGAGGCGGCCUUCCUGCUGUCCAUCCUGGCCUUCGUGGACAUGGGCGCGCGGCCCACCAUGGGCUUCGUGGCCAACACGGGCCUGAUCCGGCCGCGCAUCCAGUACUUCUUCGCCUGCGCCUUCGUGGCCAACGGCGUCUGCCACCUGCUGCUGCCGCUGGCCCGCGGCUACCUGGGCUUCUGCCUGUACGCCGGCUUCUUUGGCUUCGCCUUCGGGUGGCUGAGCUCGGUGCUGUUCGAGACGCUGAUGGACCUGGUGGGCCCGCAGCGCUUCUCCACCACGGUGGGCGUGGUGACCAUCUCCGAGUGCUGCCCGGUGCUGCUGGGCCCGCCGCUGCUCGGCCGCCUCAAGGACGUGUACGGGGACUACAAGUACACCUACUGGGCGUCGGGCGCCGUGCUCAUCGCCUCGGGCAUCUACCUCUUCGUGGGCAUGGGCAUCAACUACCGCCUGCUGGAGAAGGAGCGCGCGGCCGGGGAGCCGCGCAGGGACAGCGCGGAGGAGCGCGCCGGGGUCGGGGCCGAGCCCCCGGGCAGCGGGGCCGAGCGGCGCAGCGAGACCCAGCGCAGCGCGGCGGAGGAGCGCAGCGGGGCCGAGCGCAGCGGGGCCGAGCGCAGCGGGGCCGAGCGCAGCGGGGCCGAGCGCAGCGGGUCGGAGGAGGCGGAAGAGCUCCCGCCGCCGGAGAGCCUCCGCGAGGAGGAGGCGGCGGCGCCGGAGGAGGUCGCGGAGGCGCCCGAGCCGGAGGCCGCGGUGGGGGCCGCGGAGGAGGCCGAGGCGGCGGCGGAGGCCGAGGCGGCGGCGGACGAGGAGGAGAAGGAGGAGGACCCCGCGUGA